CGGCAGCCUUUGCGCAUGCCACAGUGGCAUACAAACUGGUCCAGCGACGUUUGUGCGUAGCAGAUCGACGUAUCUAAACGCCGCUACGAGUUUGAGCAUCCGUUCGUGCGUGGUGUCUCUCUGAACCAGGGAGAGCAAAAACAAGUCAGAGACUGAGGCCGCGUUGGACCCAAGUCAGAGACUGAGGCCGCGUUGGACCAUCAGGAAUCGCCUACGACACGAUUCUGGCCGCCACGGUCAGCUGCUAGUUCGACAACGAGCCACGGGCCUAGGACGAGACGAUGCUGCGCCGUGCCCUGCUCACGAGUCGGCGGCACAUCAACGUCUACAAGCCCGGCGACGUCGUCCGCCUGAAGCACCGGCGGUGGAAGAAACUCCCGGACAGGAAGCUCGCCGGCGCGGAGGUCGAGACGGCGUGGCAGGCGUCGUGGAUGGCGCGGGGCGGUGUGCGAAUAUCACAACCAUUUACGCCAUCGACGCGACGGUAUCAUCGGCACACAGGUAACGCUGGGCGUCGUCUUCGUCGGCCUGCCGUGGGCGUACUACGCCUCGCAGGACGCCAUCAAGGUUCGCGCCGGAACGAACCGAAAGAAGGAGGAGCUCCAGCGGACGGUUUAUGAAAAGCGCCUCGACCGGCGGCGAGAGGAGUAAAAAACAUGUGGUG